GAGAGAGAUGGGAUGCUGCGCUGCAGAGAGAGAGCCUCAGCCGGCUGCAGCGGUGGAGGCUGACACACUGAGCAGCGACCAGACCAAACCUCCUCCUCCGUCCACCACGACGCACGGCGCCGGCGGAGAGCUCCCUGGAAGUGGACGAGGAAAGAAGCGAAGCGGGGAGGGAAAAAGAGCUCAACGCAGCGGCAGAAAUCUGCUUGUUUUAUUUUGUUUUUGCUUUUGUUUUUUUUUUGUUUUUUCACCUGAGGAUGUGCUGUUUCCUGAGCGGAGACGGAGAGCGGGACUUCACUGGAUAUUGUUAACGCCGCUGCCGUCUCGCUUGUUUUGGGUCCACGCGGGGAGGAGAGACGCUACGGCGGCCGGCACCGGCACCAGCUCCAGCACGCGCGACACGGAACACCACUUCUUGUAUUUCUGCGCAGCUUUAAUGAAGAAGCGGACCUGCUAACAUUCUUGCAGAAGGGACCCUCUUCAACAAGUAUGGGGUCACCAUGGAAACCAUUUCUCCUCCUGUCUGUCAUCAGUGGCCUUUCAGACCUUGCGAGAGCCGUUGCGGCGCGGCCCAUAUCAUACGCGGCCGUGUUGAGAAUGAAACCAGACAGCUCUUCGUCGGUGCUCGGCUCGCGCAGCAGACCUCGGCAGAGCCACGGCGGCGGGCUGGUGACUUCUGACUGGCCCGCGUUCUCCAGUCACCCCCUGUCAGCCCUGAGUCUGCUCAGCUCUCAGGAGGACUACCGGAGCGAAGAAAUAGAAGAGUUUGGGCCUAUUUUUAUCCAGGAGCCAGACGAUGUGAUUUACCCUUUGGAUUCGGAUGAAAAGAAAGUGGUGAUGCACUGUGAGGCCCGGGGAAAUCCACCGCCCACGUACAGUUGGUACAUCAACAAGACGGAAGUAGAUUCACAAGCAGAUUACCGCUACAGCUUCAUCGAUGGAAACUUAAUUAUCACCAACGCAAGUGAGAUCACCGACUAUGGGAAGUACCAGUGCAAAGCAGAGAACAGUUUUGGGACCGUCCUGAGUAGAGACGCUCUAUUACAGUUUGCAUAUCUUGGUGCUUUCAGCGCGAAAACCCGGGGUGGUGUGUCUGUGCGUGAAGGCCAGGGUGUGGUACUCAUGUGCACCCCUCCCCCUCAUUCACCAGAGAUCAUAUACAGCUGGGUGUUUAAUGAGUUCCCCUCGUUUGUUGCCGAGGACAGUCGCCGCUUCAUCUCCCAGGACACGGGAAACCUGUAUAUCUCCAAGGUGCAGCCGUCUGAUGUUGGAAGCUACGUCUGCCUGGUGAAGAACACUGUGACGAAUGCGAGGGUUCUGAGUCCUCCAACUCCUCUGACGCUGAAAACCGACGGUGUCAUGGGUGAAUAUGAGCCCAAAAUCGAAGUGCAUUUUCCUACAUCUGUUCUGGCUGCCAAAGGAGUCACUGUCAGACUGGAGUGCUUCGCUCUAGGGAAUCCAGUGCCAACAAUCACAUGGAGGAAGAUCAAUGGCAACAUCCCCAAGAAAGCGCGUCUUCGGAAGUCUCAGGCUGUUCUAGAGAUUCCCAAUAUUCAGCUGGAGGACUCGGGAAUGUAUGAAUGCAAAGCUGAGAAUCCGAGAGGAGGCACUGCUUUCAAGGGACACCUGCAGGUCUACACCCUCCCUCAGUGGGUCAGAAUGAUUAAUGACACUCAGAUGGAUAGUGGAGAGAAGCUCCAAUGGGAGUGCAAGGCCACAGGGAGGCCCCGGCCCACCUAUCGCUGGCUUCGUAAUGGCUUGCCCUUGACAUCCCAGGGUCGACUUGAAAUACUGAAUGGAGAACUGAGCAUUCACAAAGUGCAGCAGACGGACUCGGGGAUGUACCAGUGUGUGGCGGAAAAUAAAUACGGGGCCAUCUACUCCAAUGCUGAGCUCAAGAUUUUAGCGUCGGCACCCGUCUUUGUCCCCAACCCAGUACGGGUCAUAGCCACACUUGGGAAAGACGUCUCGUUAGAGUGCAAACCGAGGGCGUCGCCCAAACCAAGGAUAACAUGGAAGAGAGGAGACAGGAGGAUUCAGCCAAAUAAAAGGAUUAUGUUGUUACGGAAUAACACUCUCAGAAUUGUUAACUCCAGCCGAGCAGAUGAGGGGAACUAUGUGUGCCGAGCGGAGAAUCAGUUGGGCUCGGCGGAGAUGACUGCCACACUGUGGGUAAAAGAGGCCAUGCGUGUGACGCUGAGUCCAAGCAGGGUGGAGGUGACGGUGGGGGAGAGCGUGGUGCUGAGCUGCAAGGCCACGCAUGACACGUCGCUGGAUGUGGCUUUCCAGUGGUUCUUCAACCAGAAACCGAUCAACUUUCAGCACGACGGAGGCCAUUUUGAAUACAUCCAAACAGUAAGAGCGAGACAGUCUUCGACAGUGGAUCUGAUGAUCAGGAGCAUUUUGCUGAAGCACGCUGGGAAGUAUGGGUGCAGGGCCCAGACCAGUGCUGACACCGUGUUUGCAGAGGCGGAACUUCUUGUGCGAGGUCCUCCUGGUCCCCCCGGAGUGGUGAUAGUGGAGGAGAUCACAGACACAACAGCAACCCUGUCCUGGACCCGUGGCCUGGACAACCACAGCCCUAUCAGCACGUAUAAUUUACAGGCCCGGAGCCCGUUUUCAUUAGGCUGGCAAACUGUCAAAACAGACCCAGACCCUGUGACGGGGGACAUGGAGUCCGCCAUGGCUGUGGAGCUAAACCCCUGGGUGGAGUAUGAGUUCAGAGUGGUGGCCAGCAAUGCCAUCGGCACCGGAGAUCCCAGUGCACCUUCCAGAGGAGUUAGGACUAAAGAAGCAGUCCCAUCGGUGGCACCGGCGAAUGUGAGCGGAGGAAAUGGCCGAAGGCACGAACUGGUCAUCUCGUGGGAGCCUGUAUCUGAGGAGUUCCAAAACGGUGAGGGCUUUGGGUAUAUCGUUGCGUUUCGUGCCAACGGGACCAGAGGUUGGAAGGAGAAGAUGGUGACCUCAGCGGACUCCACCAUGUACAAGUACAGGGACGAGACCUUCCCUCCUCUCACCCCGUUUGAGGUGAAGGUUGGAGUGUACAACAACAAGGGAGACGGGCCGUUCAGCAAAGUCGUCAUCAUCCACUCCGCUGAGGGCGAGCCCAGGGAAGCACCAUCUGAUGUUAAAGCUUACGGCAUUUCUUCCUCCGAAAUUAGGGUGACGUGGAAACCGCCCAAUCCCGGCCCUGGAAAACCAAGAGGAUAUGAGGUCACCUACUGGAAAGACAUGGACCAGGAAGAGUCAGGAAAAAAGCAGGAAACUGUGAAAAACGAAACAUCCAUGGUCCUGACAGGACUAGAAGGGAACAGUGUGUAUCACAUCACAGUAAAAGGCUUCAACAGCAUCGGCCAGGGUCCUGCCAGCGCUGCUGUCACAGCCAAGACCAGGAAAGCCCCUCCUGCUCAGCCUCCGGCCAACCUCGUGUGGAUCCAAGAGGGCAACAACGUGUCGUUGAGCUGGGACCCGGUGAAGGCCAAAGACAAUGAAUCAGAUGUCAUCGGGUACAUGGUGUUACUCAAGCAGGAGGGCAGAGGCCACAACCAGGUGACAAGAACCAUCAACCCUUCCACCACGCUCUCACUGCCAGAGGGAGGCACCUAUGUCAUUGAGGUGCGCGCCCUCAGUGAAGGCGGAGAGGGAGCGGUCAGCUCCCAGGUCCGACUGGUCACCUCCUCUGGUGUUCGAGCGAAAAACGACCAGUGCUCAGUGCACUGCCUGCCACAGAGCCUAACAUGGACCGCGCUGCUCCUGGUUCUUCUGGUGCCUUCAGCUUCCUGGUGAGGCCACUGUGCCGUCCUCGUUUUCAUGAAGGGAGCCACCGGUCUUCUGCUUUCUUAUUCCCUCUGACUGCCUGCUUGCUUCGGCCUUACCCAUCCCAAAGGGCCCGGGGCCUGCCAAAGGGGUUUGAGUCUGCCAGUCAACAUGCAGCUCUUCACACUUCUUCAUCCUUUUGUUUUUUUUCUUUUUUUCUUUUUUGUUCCCUGUUUAGUUCGAGGGCCUGGACGUUUGAUUUGCACAGCUCUUUCCAGCAUCACGGUAGUGUUGUACUGUAGUGUACAUUGUGUGGAAAAGGUCUGUUUAAUCACUUACUUUGACAUCAUGUGUUCUUCUCAUUGACUGGUAUCUAACCACUUCCAGGCGCCACCUACAGCUCCGGGGCUCCACAGAGCAUGAACAAUUCCUCGAAAGCUGCUGUGGUAGUAACACGGGGGAUCAGCCGGCCUGUUUCUUUUCAUUACUUAUCUGCAUCAAUUUACCCCUUGGCUGCCUAACAAGCAAUGCAGCAGAAGCUCAGUAGAGAUAAGUGCAUUGUUUUCUUAUUCACACAUUGAGGAGAAAAAAAAAAAAAGAAAAAGAAAAAAAAAAGAUUUUUUUAUGGAAACGAGAAUCUUACUAUUUCCAGACUUGCUUUUUGUACAUUGUGUUACCUUUAGAGAAAAAAAAAAAAACAGUGGUGUGUGUCAGCUAUGUCAAACUCUGUUUUUUGGUAGCGAUUAAGCAAUGCUUGGUGACGCAGUUGUUGACUGUUGGAUGUAUGGAAGUAGGAAGCAGGUGCUUACCUGUAGUGCUCAAACACAUCAGUAGAUGAAGACAUCUCUGUACGGACUCCUGGUGUCAGUACAAAUAAAUGUGAUGUAUAUUUUUUAAA